AUGCAGUUGGUUGUGGAUCCGUACAACCUGUGGGGGAGCCGAGUAGAUGCGCGGAAGGUUCCUCUGAAGCCGUUUGUUGUGCGGUAUGGUGACACUCUGGCCGCCCUCGCUGUGAGAUUCAGUGUGACUAUACGCGCGUUGCAGAGAAUAAACGGGAUGCAGUCAGAUGCCUUAUAUGAAGGCGCGGUGCUGCUCGCACCUAAAGGCGCCAUCACCCCCCCUCCCCCUGACGUGCGCCCUGGCCUGCGCCGCACCAACCGGCUGCUCUUCUCGCGCCCGUGGGUCCGCCCACCAGCCCUCGGCCAACCACAGCGCGACACGUGGCGAUACCACCCUGGCACACGGCACCGGCUUAACCAGGCAAAAGCGCGGUGGGAUGAGGCACGGAGGAAGGGGUUUCACCGGCUGCUGCAGGGGUGGUUGCCUCUGCGCUCGCCCAUGGAUGGCUGCUCUGCCUGCUUUGUGAGCAGUCCCUUUGGGCCCAGAUGGGGGUCCUUUCACCGGGGCGUUGACGUGGCAGCAGAAGAGGGCGAGCCAAUCAGAGCGGCUCGGAGUGGUGUGGUGACUCACGUGGGGGAGAUGGACGUGUACGGCAAUCUGGUCACACUGGCGCAUGAGGCAGGAUUCACCACCCACUAUGCGCACUGCUCCAAGAUGCUCGUGCAAGCUGGCCAGGUGGGUUGUCCACUCCACGCGCUCCCCUCUCCUCACCUCGCGCUUCACCUCCCUUGGCUCCUUCAGAGCAUGCAUGCAGGGCAGGUGAUGGAGCUGGUGUGCGCACACCAGAAUGCAGGGCAGGUGAUGGAGCUGGUGUGCGCACACCAGAAUGCAGGGCAGGUGAUGGAGCUGGUGUGCGCACACCAGAAUUCAGGGCAGCUUCUUCGUCCAUGCCGCAUCUUCUUGAUUUCACGAGCUUCCCCCUCCCAUGCCUCCGCGAUCUACAUCGUACGCCUUCGCUCCGCGCCGCCUGUCGCCUCUUACCGCGGCGGAUUUGCCGGCUACCCUGCAACGGCCGCUUGGGGCAGCGACCCUAACGGCGAGACGCCAGGCGCCGCAUCAGACGACGGCGCCAGCGAUGGCGUUGGCGCUGCAUCUGCCACUCCUACUGCUGCUGCCUCCAGCGGUUCAGGGGGCACAAACCGUCCGCUGCGGCGGCCGCGGAUGAACGUGAGGGCGCCGGGCGUGAGGGCGUUCAAGCAGCUGCUGCAGCGCAUGCAGCAGGCCGUGCUGAGAGACAGCGGGGUGGACGCGGGGAAGAUGGUGUACAGCUACGUGCACACAGACAACAGCUUCUCGGCGACCCUCACGGCAGCGCAGGCGCAGCGCAUGAGGCGGCACCCCUCUGUGGCGUCUGUCACACUCUCUCGCACCAUCACACGCCGCCACGCCGUCACUGCCGCCGCCGACGGGCACAAGUCUCUCAAGCUGCUCCAUGAACGCACUACUGAUGCUGCCACUACCGCUGCUGCUGCCGCCACUCCGGCUGGAGCGUCGAGCGAUGGCGAAGGCACGGUGAUUGGGAUCCUGGACAGCGGCGUGUGGCCGGAGCACCCCUCCUUUGACGACACCGUACGUUCACAGCCGCGCAUUGCUGGGGGGCUCACCGUAUGGGGCUACAGCAGCACGCUCCCUGCCGGGUGGGCGGGCACGUGUCCCACUACAAGCGACUUCGCUUGUAACAACAAGAUCAUCGGCGGGGGCAUGUUCCACGAGGGAUAUGGGCAGUCCCACAGCACAGACAAGUGGUUCUCCCCUCGGGAUUGUGAUGGCCAUGGCACGUGGUGUGCCGGGGCGUGGCAAGGACAUUCCCCUCAUAGCCGCUCCCUCCCGUCAUAUGGGUUCCCUCAUAGCCGCUCCCUCGCGUCAUAUGGGUUCCCUCAUACCCGCUCCCUCCCUGCCCCAUGCAUCCCCACUUCCAGAGCAGCAGCGGGCAACAGCGGCGUGGAGGUGCCUGGAGGGGGCACAAUCAGUGGCGUGGCUCCCAAGGCACGCCUGGCCAUCUACAAGGUCUAUUGGUAUCUCGGCCCUGGCGAGUCAGUCACUACCGAUGCAGAUGUCUUUGCAGCCGUUGAUCAGGCUGUGGCGGACGGUGUGGAUGUGCUCACGCUGUCCCUGGACAACACGAACAGAAACACGGCCUGGGAUCAGUUUGACAAGUGGAAUUGGACCUACUUUGACGACGUGCCUUUCCUCGGCGCUCUCGCGGCCGGUGUGACUGUGUCUUUUGCAGUGGGCGACGAGGGGAGGUCUUUUUACCGUUACCUGUACGGUCCUUUCCCUGCCAUUGACAACUUUGCACCCUACUAUAUCAGCGUGGGGGCCAGUACCGUGCCCCAGGACUCCCUCACUUCAUCAUCUACUAUAACAACAGCAGCAGCAGCAGCGCUAGAAUCUCCUGCAAACACCACAGGCCCAGCAGCAUCGACACUGCUAGAAACCCAGCUUCCCAUCAACAUCUCCUCUGCGGCCACCAUCUCCCCUGCAGCAGCCACUGCCCUCCCAAUGGUUCCCAAAUGGUCUUCCACCGGCCCUCUGGCCGCGCGCGGCUGUACCGUCUGCCGCCCGAAGAAGGCCCGCCCCUCCAACACCAUUCUCAAGCCUGACAUCAUAGCCCCGGGAGCCGACAUCAUUGCUGCUGCUCCCGGGACAACUGUUGGUGAAACGGGGUCGUUUUCGGCUUACAACAACGAGACUGCCGUGUCGGCGGCGCUUGUUGCUGGUGUUGCUGCUCUGAUCAUCCAGCAGCAUCCUGAUUGGACGCCCGCGCAGGUCAUGUCUGCCAUGAUGACGACAGCUGGCAGCACUGACAACAGCAACAGGUUGAUUCGGAAUGUGAACGGCAAGCCGGCGAGUCCGUGGGAGAUGGGAGCGGGGCAUGUGUUUCCCGCUAGGGCGCUUGACCCCGGGUUGACCUACGAUGCCAGGGAGCAAGAUUUCCGCAACUUUCUUGCUGGGAUGAAUUUCACGAUGGCCCGAGAGGCAUUCGGGCAGGUGCCACUGAAACCCGUUGCAGCGAGGCACCUAAACCGGCCGUCAAUCUCGCUGGUCAACAUACCGCUGGUAGUGAAUAAACUCACUGCUAGGCGGACUGUGACGAGCGUCUCAGACACCACAUCGACCUACCGGGUGACGAUUAAUGUCCCUGAGGCUGUGAGAGUGAGGGUGGUGCCAUCGCAGUUUACCAUAGCGCCAGGGCAACGGGUAAGUUUCAAGGUGAAGGCUGUGGUGAGGAGGAGGUUCAAGAACUUUAAGUUCGGCAGCCUCACGUGGAAGGAUGACAACGGGCAUUCGGUGCGCUCGGUCCUCGUUCUCCAUUGCAAACCAGCUUGUGUGUACUUUUGCUAG